UACAAUCCUCCAUCGGAGCUCGCCGUCGCCGUCGAAGAUUCCUUAUAUUCGCGAAACGCCAUGGACGCCAACAAUGCUUUCGAUUCUGAUCUGAUUCACGCCAUUUUCAAGCACAUUUGGGCCCGAAGAUUUCGCGAAAGAGAGAGGAGUGAUGCAAUUGAUGCUACAGACGCUGAGGUUGCUUUGGGAACAUCCAAGAAGAACAGACUUGCUUCUGCCAACGCGAAUGCUCUGAAACUUAGCUGUGAGCUUCUCAAGAGCUUUGUCUCAGAGGCUGUGCAGCGCGCGGCUAUAAUUGCGGAAGCUGAGGGGAUGGAUAAGAUUGAAGCGAGUCAUUUGGAGAGGAUUCUUCCUCAGCUUCUUUUGGACUUUUAAAAGGUAACAUUGAUGAUAAAUUUGACUGUUAAUGUCUGAUGAUUAACAGUGAUUUCACGCAAGGUUUUUUGAAGAUAAUAUAAAUAGUUUAUCUCUGGUUGCUAUUUCGCAUGUUCAUGUAAGGUUACUCUAUGAGAAAAAGAGAGCGAAGUAUAUAUAUUUGACUUGA